UACAUGUUUUGUGUUCAUACACAGGUGCGUUUUUGUGUGCAGCACGAGCAGAGCGUGACAACACCGUUGUGAUCUGCGACCGAACUUGACAUAUCCCGCUAUGAAUGGCAGAUGCAUACUCUUCAGAAAUCCUCCCUUUGUGAUCCACGGAAGAUAAGUCGGGGUUUGAAGGAGGGGCAAACAUUUCGGCUCAUUUCAGACCGAGCACAGACCGACUGCUAGCUUUGCGUGAAACAGCAGCUUUGAAUUUAGAAGCUGAAGUCCUAUUAAGCAUCUGGUCACAAGGGAUAUGAAGCUGGUUGCAGGGUUAGCCGUGCUGUGGCUGUGGGUUGUGGAGGCCGUGGAAAACUGCCCCGAUGCUUGUAAAUGCAGCCAGAAAUCCAGUAUGGAAAAGACUGAAGUUAAUUGUCAGAAGAAGGGACUUGAGAGCAUCCCACCCAAACUCCCUCUGGACACAUGGAUCCUUAAAAUGGGUGAAAAUGUAUUGCAGGAUCUCCCAGCCAACAUCCUGAGCUCCGUCCCUAAAAUCGAGAGCGUAAACUUAGAGCGAAACUCAAUCAAAUCAAUACACCCUCAAGCAUUUUCUGGUGCCCAACGACUGAUGCUUCUGAAUCUGCAAGGAAACCGAAUGUCCAAACUCCCAGUGAAGGGCUUCAAAGAUCUCCUAAACCUACGCUUUCUCAUGCUGGGCCAGAAUCAGAUAGCUAGCCUGAAACCUAACAUGUUCAUUGGCAUGAGGAAUCUCUCAGAGCUGGAUCUGCCCCUGAACGCUCUCACUGCUCUCCCACCAAAUACAUUCAAGCCUCUGAUUGCCCUUAAAGUCCUGGAUCUAGCCUUGAACCACAUCCAAAUCAUCUCACCCAAAGCCUUUGUCGGACUUGACGAGCUGCUUUUUCUCAAUUUGGACAACAACAAGCUGAAGAAUAUCCAAGCUGGGACCUUUGCGUCCCUGAUUGGUCUUGAGAUGCUGGUGCUAGACAACAAUUUUCUUUCCACAGUUACCGCGGCCACGCUAGAAGGUCUUUCCAACCUGCAGGAACUCUAUGUGAGAAAGAAUAAAGUUGAGAGUCUGCCAGCUGACGUGUUCCGCCACACACCUAAACUUACUCACGUGGGCUUAAGUGGAAAUCGGCUUCAUGCCAUUGACGGAAACAUGCUAGCCAACAUGCAAGGUUUAAAGGAGGUGUUUCUGCACGACAACCCAUGGAAAUGUGACUGCAGCAUCAACACGCUGGUACAUUACGUAGCCCAGACGAGGGCUAAUCACUCUCCUCUGCAAAGACUUCGGUGCACCAGCCCAGAAGAGUUUCGUGAUAGACCCAUCCACCAGCUGAAAUCUGAUGAACUUCCCUGCAGGGCCUAGAAAAUCCUCACAUCUGAUAUCAUAUCACGAGCGACCUCCAGAAGUUGGGAGCACAGUGUAAUAACAGCGUGAUAUUUUCUGCAUUUGAAUGGCGAUGCUUCACAGAACUCCAACUACAAUGGCUUUGACAGGUUAAUGAUAGAGCUGCUGUUCUGCAGAUAGUCAUAAUUUUCACCCACACCAGUCGACUGGAGAGCAGUACAUCCUACAAAACGAAGGAAGAAGUCAUCUACAUAGAAGACGCUGUCAAAAUAUAAUGUUAGUAGAUGCAGUGAAGCUUAAAGGAAAUAAAUAGAGGUUAGAAAAUCCCCUCUGCUCGGAGACCGACUGCAAACUUCCACCACCACCUGAGACAGAAUUCCUCAUCGGAUUGUUACAGCUGAAUAAGCUUCCUUUGAAAUCAUCAUUCUGUCUCUAAAUUCCACCCAGGGCGCUGAAGCUGCAGUCCCACAUACAGGAGUGAGAUCUUUUCAGAUGCUGGGAAGGUGUUAUUAAAGCAGGCAGCUAAAACUUAUGCUUUGGUAUUUUACAGUUAACUGAUAUUCAAUCUAACUGGUCG